CGGUCCUGCUCGCUGCCUACGCCAGGGUCAUCUUCACCGGGCGGCCGGGAGCGUUGGCCCACGCGGCUCCUGGGCCCCAGGGCGGCAGUCACUGUCAGCGAGGAGCCGUAGCCUCUAGAUAGGAUCCACCAGUGUCCCCAGAACUUUGCGCGCACGGCGAAGCGGGAGCCAGUCCGCGCGCUGUGGCCCGGGCUUUCGCCGGGGUGCACGGGGAAGAGAGAGGGAGCGGCUUUCGGCGGCCGGGCCCGAGCAGGGGCCGCCCAGCCUGAGUCUCCUGCCGCGCGCCGGCAGCCCCCGGCUCGGAGCGGGCGCCCUACCGCCGCGCUGCCGGCCGCCCGGCUCUCUCCAGCCGCCCGACACACUGCGGGAGGAGCCGCCGGCCGCCGUGACGCGUCAGGGAGGAAACGGCGGCGCCCGGCGGCCCUGCGGGGAAGGAGGAAGCGCGCGAGUGCGCUCGCCUCCGCCCCGCCGCACUAGGAGGCAGCACCGCGCGGACCGGGGUUGCAUGAUGGAAUUUGAAUAUUACCUCAAGAGGUUUUAUGUUUUGGAUUAGCUAACAGUGUUUGUCCUCUGCUGACUAUUUCUCGGACUCAUUUUUUGGUGUCCGUUUGAGGCAAUAAACCCAAAAGGGAUUAUACCAUGGACUACAAGGAAAGCUGCCCCAGUGUAAGCAUUCCCAGCUCAGAUGAACACAGAGAGAAAAAGAAGAGGUUUACUGUUUAUAAAGUUUUGGUCUCAGUGGGCAGGAGUGAGUGGUUUGUCUUCAGGAGAUAUGCAGAGUUUGAUAAACUUUACAAUACUUUAAAGAAACAAUUUCCUGCUAUGGCCCUGAAGAUUCCUGCCAAGAGAAUAUUUGGUGAUAACUUUGACCCAGAUUUUAUUAAACAAAGAAGAGCAGGACUGAAUGAAUUCAUUCAGAACUUAGUUAGAUAUCCAGAACUUUACAACCAUCCAGAUGUCAGAGCAUUCCUUCAAAUGGACAGCCCAAAACAUCAGUCAGAUCCAUCCGAAGAUGAGGAUGAAAGAAGCACUCAGAAGCUACACUCUACCUCACAGAACAUCAACCUGGGACCAUCUGGAAAUCCUCAUGCUAAACCAACAGACUUUGAUUUCUUAAAAGUUAUUGGAAAAGGCAGCUUUGGCAAGGUUCUUCUUGCAAAACGGAAACUGGAUGGAAAAUUUUAUGCUGUCAAAGUGUUACAGAAAAAAAUAGUUCUCAACAGAAAAGAGCAAAAACAUAUCAUGGCUGAACGUAAUGUGCUUUUGAAAAAUGUGAAACAUCCAUUUUUGGUUGGAUUACAUUAUUCUUUCCAAACAACUGAAAAGCUUUAUUUUGUUCUGGAUUUUGUUAAUGGAGGGGAGCUGUUUUUCCACUUACAGAGAGAACGGUCCUUUCCCGAACACAGAGCUAGGUUUUAUGCUGCUGAAAUUGCCAGUGCAUUGGGUUACUUGCACUCCAUCAAAAUAGUGUACAGGGACUUGAAACCAGAAAAUAUUCUUCUGGAUUCAGUAGGACAUGUUGUCUUAACAGAUUUUGGGCUUUGUAAAGAAGGAAUUGCUAUUUCUGACACGACAACAACAUUUUGUGGGACACCAGAGUACCUUGCUCCUGAAGUAAUCAGAAAACAGCCCUAUGACAACACUGUAGAUUGGUGGUGCCUUGGUGCUGUUCUCUAUGAAAUGCUGUAUGGAUUGCCUCCUUUUUAUUGCCGAGAUGUAGCUGAAAUGUAUGACAAUAUUCUUCACAAGCCCCUAAGUUUGAGGCCAGGAGUGAGCCUCACAGCCUGGUCCAUUCUGGAAGAACUCCUAGAGAAAGACAGGCAAAAUCGACUCGGUGCCAAAGAAGACUUUCUUGAAAUUCAGAAUCAUCCUUUUUUUGAAUCACUCAGCUGGACUGAUCUUGUACAAAAGAAGAUUCCACCACCAUUUAAUCCUAAUGUGCAUUUUCAUGUUAUUAGGAAGCAGAGAUUUGCACUUCAAGUUUAGGAGGAGCCAAGAUGGUGGAACAGCAUGGAAGUUUUUUGUGUGUCUCGCGUCCAUGAAUUACAGCCAGACCAACACUAAACCAUCCUGCACACCUAGAAAACUGAUCUGAGGAUUAACACAACAAUCUGCACAACCUAAAGCACAGAAUUCAGCAGGUAUGCGGUGUGGAGAGGUGAACUUGGGGAGAGAGAACCUGUGGAGGGCAGGGAGCCACUUUUGCCUGAGGAGAGAGGAUGGAGAUGGGGGUGGGGGUAGAAUAUGGGAAAAGCACCCCUCCCCAAAAGCAGCUGGAGAGAAAGUGGAAAAUUGAAAAUAGCCACAGGGACUGAAAAAGGGAGAAACAAAAAGGGAGAGGGUUUAAAUUCCAUUAAGACUGUAAACGGGGAGCACAGAGAGUCUGCAACUCCAGAGCUCAAUACCUGAUGGUGGUCUGGUGGGAAGGGUGAAUCCCCAGGAGUAGAGUGGGGACAGUGAGGUUCUCAGGCCACACGGGGAGAAGCAGUUCCACUGCUGGAAAGACAUUUGGUAGAGGCUGUGAGGCCACCUGGGCCCAGCAGACCCCAGAGAAAAGUCACAUUUGCUGGUGCUGGAACAAGGUCAUUGGGGGCGAAGGCUGGUGCCAGAUGUGUGUUGUGAUUCUCCAUAAUCCCUGAGGCACUGCUGCUACACUGUCUCGUGAACUUUUUCUAGGGCAGGCUGGUACCUGGCCACAGUUUCUGGGCAUCGGCAGCAGCACGGUCCCACAAGCAUUCCUGGGUGUGAAUGACACCCAGCCAUUGCUCUGUGAGACCCUCCACAGAGGACUGGAAUGGAUCAAAGCCGCAGUCCCUCAGGAGUGGGGGGGGGCUGGGAAGGCAGCCACAUCUGAGACAAAACUCAGGAGGGAGGUGCUGCCUGGGGCUUGGUCACUGACAGUGUGGAAGCAGGGAGUGGACAGAAGCCAAAAAUGAAGGACAGGUGCGUGAUUGUUGAUGGGGAGAACAGAGUUCUGAAACUAGAGACUGGGUAGCUGGGUGAUACCAUUUUCACUGCUCCUGCUCAUGCACAUAUGCACCUACAAGCGCCACAACAAUCCACCCCAGGAGGCUAGCAGAGCCAUCUAGUGGAGAACAGAGCCAUUACACUAAGCCCCACCCAACUGGGCCAACCUUGCUCUUCAAGAACACAAGUCUCACCACCUGUUUAGUUUAUGGGCUAUAAAGUAGUUUGACUCCUAGGGGAAAAUGAAGUAAUUUCAGUCGUAUUUCAGUCUGUUAGCUGGUCCAACUAUUCAAUUUUCUUUUUUUUUUUUUUCAAUUUUUAUUAAAAUUUUUCUUUAAUUUUUUUCAACUAUAUUUUUUCUACUGUAUAUUUUUCUACUAUAUUUUGUGUAAUUUUUUUCAAAUUCUAUUUUACUUCCAUCAUUUAAUUUUAGUCUACUUCAGUGUAUUCAUUUUUUCAAGUUUUCAAACGAUUUCCUUUUUUUUUUCUUUUUCCCCUUUUUUUCUCUAAUCUAUCAAGCCACUUUCAACACCCAGACCAAAACACACCUAGGAACUAGCACCAUUUAUUUUAUUUAUUUUGUGUGCGUGUGUUUUUUAUUUUUUAAUUUUAAUAUUUUUUAACUUUUAAUAUUUUUAAAUUGUAAUUUUUUCUACCUCAUUAAUUCCUUUUCUCCCUUCAAAAUGAUGAAAUGAAGGAAUUCACUCCAAAAGAAAGAGCAGGAAGAAAUGACAGCCAGGUACUUAACCAACACAGAUACAAGCAAGAUGUCUGAACCAGAAUUUAGAAUCAUGAUAAUAAGAAUACUGGCUGGAGUCAAAAUUAGAUUAGACUCCUUUCUGUGGAGAUAAAAGAAGUAAAAGCUAGUCAGGAUAAAAUAAAAAGUGCUAUAACUGAGCUGCAAUCUUGAAUGGAUGCCGUGGCAGCAAGGAUGGAUGAGGCAGAACAGAGAAACAGUGAUAUAGAAGACAAACUUAUGGAGAAUAAUGAAGUGGAAAAAAAGAGGGAGAUUAAGGCAAAAGAGCACGGUUUAAGAAUUAGAGAAAUCAGUGACUCAUUAAAAAGGAACAACCUCAGAAUCAUAGGGGUCCCAGAAGAGGAAGAGAGAGAAAUAGGGGUAGAAAGGAUAUGUAAGCAAAUCAUAGUGGAAAACUUUCCUAACCUGGGGAAAGACACAGACAUCAAAAUCCAGGAAGCACAGAGGAUCCUCAUUAGAUUCAACAAAAACCGACCAUCAACAAAGUGUAUCAUAGUCAAAUUCACAAAAUACUCAGGCAAGGAGAGAAUCAUGAAAGCAGCAAGGGAAAAAAAGUUCUUAACCUACAAGGGAAGAGAGAUCAGGUUUGCAGCAGACCUAUCCACAGAAACUUGGCAGGCCAGAAAGGAGUGGCAGGAUAUAUUCAAUGUGCUGAAUCAGGAAAAUAUGCAGCCAAGAAUUCUUUAUACAGCAAGGCUGUCAUUCAAAAUAGAAGGAGAGAUACAAAGUAUCCCAGACAAAAAUUAAGGGAGUUUGUGACCACUAAACCAGCCCUGCAAGAAAUUUUAAGGGGGACUCUCUGAGAGGUGAAAAGAUGAAAAAAUAAAUAAAUAAAUACCAAAAGUAACAAAGACUAAAAAGGACCAGAGAACACCACCAGAAACUCCAACUCUACAAGCAACAUACUUGCAAUAAAUUCAUAUCUUUCAAUACUCACUCUAAACAUCAAUGGACUCAACGCUCCAAUCAAAAGACAUAGGGUAACAGAAUGGAUAAGAAAACAAGAUCCAUCUAUGUUCUGUUUACAAGAGACCCACUUUAGACCUAAAGACACCUUCAGAUUGAAAGUAAGGGGAUGGAGAACCAUCUAUCAUACUAAUGGUCAACAAAAGAAAACCGGAGUAGCCAUAUUUAUAUCAGACAAUCUAGACUUUAAAAUAAAGACUGUAUCAAGAGAUGCAGAAAGGCAUUACAUCAUAAUCAAGGGGUUUAUCCACCAAGAAAACCUAACAAUUGUAAACAUUUAUGUGCCAAAAGUGGAAGUACCCAAAUAUAUAAAUCAAUUAAUCACAAAUAUAAAGAAAUUCAUCGGUAGUAAUACCAUAAUAGUAGGAGACUUCAACACACCACUCACAGCAAUGGACAGAUCAUCUAAUCAAAAAAUCAAUAAGGAAACAAUGGUUUUGAAUGACACACUGGACCAGAUGGACUUAACAGAUAUAUUCAGAACAUUUCAUCCUAAAACAGCAGAAUAUACAUUCUUCUCCAGUGAACAUGGAACGUUCUCCAGAAUAGACCACAUACUGGGACACAAAUCAGCCAUCAGCAAGUACAGAAAGAUCGAGAUCAUACCGUGCGUAUUUUCAGACCACAACACUAUGAAACUAGAAAUCAACCACAAGAAAAAAUUUGGAAAGGUAACAAAUACUUGGAGACUAAAGAACAUCCUACUAAAGAAUAAAUGGGCUAACGAAGAAGUUAAAGAGGAAAUUAAAAAGUAUAUGGAAGCCAAUGAAAAUGAUAACACCACAACGCAAAACCUCUGGGACGCAGCAAAGGUAGUCAUAAGAGGAAAGUAUAUAGCAAUCCAGGCCUUCCUAAAGAAAGAAGAAAGAUCUCAGAUAUACAACCUUAACCUUACACCUUAAAGAGCAGGAAAAAGAGCAGCAAAUAAAACCCCAAACUAGCAGAAGACAGGAAAUAAUAAAGAUGAGAGCAGAAAUUAAUGCUAUCGAAACAGAUCAAUGAAACCAGAAGCUGGUUCUUUGAAAUAAUUAACAAAAUUGAUAAAACACUAGCCAGUUGAUGAAAAAAAAAAAAAAAAAGAAAGGACCCAAAUACAUAAAAUCAAGAGUGAAAGAGGAGAGAUCACAACCAACAGAAGAAAUAAAAACAAUAAUAAGACAAUAUUAUGAACAAUUAUAUGCCAAUAAAAUGGGCAAUCUGGAAGAAAUGGACAAAUUCCUAGAGACAUAUACACUACCAAAACUGAAACAGGCAGAAAUAGAUUUGAAUGGACCCAUAACCAGUAAAGAAAUCGAAUUAGUAACCAAAAAUCUGCCAAAAAACAAGAGUCCAGGGCCAGAUGGCUUUCCAGGGGAAUUCUACCAAACAUUCAAGGAAGAGUUAACACCUAUUCUCUUGAAGCUGUUCUAAAAAAGAGAAAUGGAAGGAAAAGUUCUAGACUCUUUCUAUGAAGCCAGCAUUACCUUGAUUCAAAAACCAGACAGAGACCCCACUAAAAAGGAGAAUUAUAGACCAAUUUCCCUGAUGAACAUGGAUGCAAAAAUCCUCAACAAGAUAUUAGCCAACCGGAUCCAACAAUACAUUAUAAAAAUUAUUCACCACGACCAAGUGGGAUUUAUACCUGGGAUGCAGGGCUGGUUCGAUAUCUGCAAAACAAUUAAUGUGAUUCAUCACAUCAAUAAAAGAAAGGACAAGAACCAUAUAAUCCUCUCAAUAAAUGCAGAGAAAGCAUUUGACAAAAUACAGCAUCCUUUCUUGAUAAAAACCCUCAAGAAAGUAGGGAUAGAAGGAGCAUACCUUGAGAUCAUAAAAGCCAUAUAUGAACGACCCAGCGCCAAUAUCAUCCUCAAUGGGGAAAAACUGAGAGCUCUCCCCCUAAGGUCAGGAACAAGACAGGGAUGUCCACUCUCGCCACUGCUACUCAACAGUAUUGGAAGUCUUAGCCCCUGCAAUCAGACAACACAAAGAAAUAAAAGGCAUCCAAAUUGGCCAGGAGGAGGUCAAACUUUCACUCUUCACAGAUGACAUGAUAUUCUACAUGGAAAACCCAAAAGAUUCCACCAAAAAACUGCUAGAACUGAUUCAUGAAUUCAGCAAAGUUGCAGGAUAUAAAGUCAAUGCACAGAAAUCUGUUGCAUUCUUAUUCACCAACAAUGAAGCAACAGAAAGAGAAAUCAAGGAAUCGAUCUCAUUUACAAUUCCACAUAAAAUACCUAGAAUAAAUCUAACCAAAGAGGUGAAAAAUCUAUACACUGAAAACUAUAGAAAGCUUAUGAAAGAAAUUGAAGAAGACACAAAAAAAUGGAAAAAGAUUCCAUGCUCCUGGAUAGGAAGAACAAAUAUUGUUAAAAUGUCGAUACUACCCAAGGCAAUCUACAUAUUCAAUGCAAUCCCUAUCAAAAUAACAGCAGCCUUCUUCACAGAGCUAGAACAAAUAAUCCUAAAAUUUGUAUGGAAUCAGAAAAGACCCCGAAUAGCCAAAGAAAUCUUGAAAAAGAAAACCAAAGCAGGAGGCAUCACAAUCCUGGACUUCAAGCUGUAUUACAAAGCUGUAAUCAUUAAGACAGUAUGGUAUUGGCACAAGAACAGACACUCAGAUCAAUGGAACAGAGUAGAGAACUCAGAAAUGGACCACAAUCCUGAGAAACUUAACAGAAACCCAUGGAGGAGGGGAAGGAAAAAAAAAAAAGAGGUUAGAGUGGGAGAGAGCCAAAGCAUAAGAGACUGUUAAAAACUGAGAACAAACUGAGGGUUGAUGGGGGGUGGGAGGGAGGGGAGGGUGGGUGAUGGGUAUUGAGGAGGGCACCUUUUGGGAUGAGCACUGGGUGUUGUAUGGAAACCAAUUUGACAAUAAAUUUCAUAUAUUGAAUAAAUAAAUAAAUAAAUAAAUAAAUAAAUAAAUAAGAAAUGGACCCACAAACGUGUGGCCAACUAAUCUUUGACAAAGCAGAAAAGAAUGGCCAAUGGAAUAAAGACAGUCGCUUCAGCAAGUGGUGCUGGGAAAAUUGGACAGCGACAUGCAGAAAAAUGAACCUGGACCACUUUCUUACACCAUACACACAAAAAAAACCUCAAAAUGGAUGAAAGACAUAAAUGUAAGAUAAGACAGGAAGCCAUCAAAAUCCUUGAGGAGAAAGCAGGCAAAAACCUCUUUGAUCUUGGCCACAGCAACUUCUUACUCAACACGUCUCCAGAGGCAAGGGAAACAAGAGAAAAAAUGAACUAUUGGGACCUCAUCAAAAUAAAAAGCUUCUGCAUAGCAAAGGAAACAAUCAGCAAAACUAAAAGGCAACCGACAGAAUGGGAGAAGAUAUUUGCAAGCGACAUAUCAGAUAAAGGGUUAGUAUACAAAAUCUAUAAAGAACUUCUCAAACUCAACACCCAAAAAACAAAUAAUCCAGUGAAGAAAUGGGCAAAAGACAUAGACACUUCUCCAAAGAAGACAUCCAGAUGGCCAACUGACACAUGAAAAAAUGCUCAACAUCACUCAUCCUCAGGGAAAUACAAAUCAAACCACAAUGAGAUACCACCUGACGCCUGUCAGAAUGGCUAACAUUAACAACUCAGGCAACAACAGAUGUAGGCGAGGAUGUGGAGAAAGAGGAUCUCUUUUGUAUUGCUGGUAGGAAUGCAAACUGGUGCAACCCCUCUGGAAAACUGUAUGGAGGUUCCUCAGGAAAUUAAAACUAGAACUACCCUAUGACCCAGAAAUUGCAGUACUAGGUAUUUAGUCAAGGGAUACAGAUGUACUGUUUCAAAGGGACAUUUGCACCCCAAUGUUUAUAGCAGUGCUAUCAACAAUAGCCAAAGUAUGGAAAGAUCUCAAAUGUCCAUUGAUGGAUGAAUGGAUAAAGAAGAUGUGGUAUACACACACACACACACACACACACACACACACACACACACACACACAAAGGAAUAUUACUCGGCAAUCAAAAAGAAUGAAAUCUUGCCAUUUGCAACUACAUGGAGGGAACUGGAGAGUAUUAUGCUAAGUGAAAUUAGUCAGAGAAAGACAAAAAUCAUGUGACUUCACCCAUGUGAGGACUUUAAGAGACAAAACAGGUGAACAUAAGGGAAGGAAAACAAAAAUAAUAUAAAAAAAGGAAGGGGAAUAAAACAUAAGAGACUCUUAAAUAUGUAGAACAAACAGGGGGUUAUGGAGGGGUUGUGGGAAGGGGGAUGGGCUAAAUGGAUAAGGGGCAUAAGGAAUCUUCUCCUGAAAUCAUUGUUGAACUAUAUGCUACCUAAUUUGGAUGUAAAUUUAAAAAGAUAUACUUAUAAAAUUAAAAAAAAAAACACACAGAAGAGACAGAAUAAACAUCUGGGUUUUGAUUGAAAAAAAAACAUUUAAAAAUUUUUUUUAAAAGUUAAAAAAAGUGCUGAGAAAAAAAAAGAAACAACCCUACCAGCCUAGAAUUCUGUACCCUAUCAAAUUAUCCUUCAAAAGUGAAGUAGAAAUGAAGACUUUCUUAGACAAAAAUUGAGGUAAUUUUUUUCCCAUAGACCUGCUUUGCAAGUAAUGUUGAAAGAAGUUCUUUAGAGCAAAAGAGAGUAACAUAGGUUAGAAAUUCAGAUUUACAUAAAGAAAGAAAUAGCAUUGGGGCACCUGGGUGACUCAACCAGUUGAGCAUCUGAUUCCAGUUCAGGUCAUGAGCUCAUGGUUCUUGAGUUUAAGCCCCACACUGGGAUCACUGCUGCCAGCAGGAAGAGCCUGGUUCCGGUCCUCUGUCCCUCGCUCUGUGCCCCUCCCCACUUGCACCCUCUCAAAGAUAAAUAAAACAUCAAAAAAAAAAAAAAAAAGGAAUAGCUUCACAGAAAGAAUAAAAGAAUGUGAAAUAAAACUUUUAUUUUUAUUCUUUUUUUUUAAUGUUUAUUUUUGAGAGAGAGAGUGACACAGAGCACAAGCAGGGGAGUGGCAGAGAAAGAGAGAGACACACAGAAUCCAAAGCAGGCUCCAGGCUUCAAGCUGUCAGCACAUAGCCCCACUCAGACCCCAACCCAUGCACUGCGAGAUCAUGACUGAGUGAAAUCAGAAGCUCAACCAAGUGAACCACCCAGGUGCCUUAUUCUUAUUCUUAAUUGAUCUAACAGAUAACAGUUUGUUCAAAAUAAUAGCAACAAUGUAUUUGAUAAUAUGCAUAUGUAUAUAUUAUAUACAUAUGCUUAUUUAUGCCUUUAGAUAAGUAAAAUGAAUGACGUCAAUGAUACAAGAGACAGAAGGGAAGAAGUCAGAUUAUUUUGUUAUUAUAAGAUACUCAUACUGAGGUACUUCACUGUACUGUGAAGCAGUACAGUGUUAUUUAAACAUGAAUUUGGAUUAGUUGUAAAUGAGUAUUGCAAACUCUAGGGCAAUCAGUAUAAAAAGAGGGGAAAAAAGAAGUAUAGCUGGUAUGCUAAAAAAAAUGGAAUCAGUUAAAAUCACAAAAGGCAGAAAAAGAAUAGAAAACAAAAAUAAGAACAAGGAAAAGGCAACGAAUAGAAAAUAGUAACAAAUAUGGUUAAGUAUUAAUCCAAUAUAUCAAUAAUCACUUUAAACAUAAAUGGCCUAAAUGCACAGAUUGUCAGAGUAGAUUAAAAAAAAACAAACUAGAUUCAACUAUGUUGUCUAUAAGGAGUUUACUUUAAAUAUAAAGACACAUACAACCAAUUAAAAGUAAAUGGAUGGAGAAAACUACACCAUGCUAACACUAACCAAAAGAAAGCAGGAGUAACUAUAUAUUAACUUCAGACACAGCAGAUUUCAAAGUAAAGACAUUUAUCAGGGAUAAAGAAGGGAAUUACAUAAUGAUAAAGGAGUCAAUUCUCCAGUAUGACAUAACAGUCUUUAAUGUAAAUGUUCCUAACAAAAGAGUGUCACAUUACAUUAGGCAAAAACUGAUAGAACUGCAAGGAGAGACAGAUGAAUCCACUAUCAUAGUUGGAGACUUCAACACCCCUUUCUCAGAAAUGGACAGAUCCAGCAGGCAGGAAAUCAGUGAGAACAUAGUUGAACUCAAAAACACCAUCAAUCCACUGGAUGCAAUUGAUAUCUAUAGACUAUUUCAUCCAACAACAGUAGAAUACAUUCUUCUCCAGCUCACAUGAAGCAUUCGCCCAUAUAGACCAAAUUCCGGGCCAUAAAACACACCUUGCCAAAUUUAUAAGUAUAGAAAUCAUACAAUGUCUGCUCUAAAACCACAAGUAAACUAAAAAUUAAUAACAUAACCAAAAUAGAUGGAGAUUAAACAACACACUUAUAAAUAACACAUGAAUCAAAGAAGAAAUUUCAAGAGAAACUUUAAAAUAUUUUGAACUAAAUGAAAAUGAAAACACAACUUACUGAAAUGUGUGGGAUAUAAUGAAGACAGUGCUUAAAGGAAAAUUUAUAGCAUUGGAUACAUAUAUUAGAAAAGAAGAAAGAUCCAAAAUCAAUAAUCUAAGUUUCUACCUGAGGAAACAAUGGAAAGAAGCACGUAAGCAGAAGAAAAGAAAUAAUAAAAAUGACAGCAGAAAUCAAUGAAAUUGAAAACAGGAAAUCAACAGAGAAAAUCAAUAAAACCAGAAGCUGAUUCUGUGAAAAAAACCAAUAAAGUUGAUAAGCCUCUAAUCAGGCUAACUAAGAAAAGGAAAGAGGGAUGCCUGGGUAGCUCAAUCAGUUGAGUGUCCCUUGAUUUCUGCUUAGGUUGUGAUCCAGUGUCAUGGAAUUGAGCCCCAUAUUAGGCUCAGUGCUCAGCACAGAGCCUGCUUGGGAUUCUCAGUCUCUCUCUCCCUGUGCCCCUCAUCCCCACUCACAUGUUCUCUCUCUCUAAAAAAUAAAUAAAUAAAUAAAUUAUUUGUGAUGUUCAGUUAUAUUCUAUAAUAAUAAAGUGUAAGUAUUUACAGCAAUGUAACAAUGAGAAGCAAUGAAAUUUUGGGGCACCUGGGUGAAUCAGUCGGUUGAGUGUCCUACUUUGGCUCGGUCAUGAUUUCUGGGUCUGUGAGUUUGAGCCCCGUGUCAGGCUCUGUGCUGACAGCUCAGAACCUAGA